AUGGCAGAUAGCACUGUCUCGUUUUUUCUAGAGAAGUUGAGCAACUUGGCCAUUCAAGAAGCUUCUCUAUUUGGAGAAGUCGAAGGGCAGAUCACGCUGCUGCGCAACGAACUUCCAUGGAUGCGACUCUUUCUGAGGCAAGCAAGUAUGAACCGCACAUCUGAUGAAAGGUUGAGGCUGUGGGUGGAUCAGAUGAGAGACGUAUGUUUUGAUGCUGAAGAUGUCGUGGACGAUUUCAUGUUCAGGGUUGAUCACAUGCGCCAGCAAAGACUCAACAAUCUCAAAUGUCUCAGGCCCUUACCUCAAUGCAUUGGCUUCAGUGACAAGUUACUGCUCGUCCAUGACCUCAAGGCUCGAAUGGAGAAUAUCAAUAUCACAGUUGAGAAAAUUUUGGUUAAUAAAACGAGGUAUGGUAUUGAAAAUCCAAAGGAUUUGGAAACUUGGAGCUUUACCAAGGAAGAAGACCUGCCGCCUACAGAGAAGGUGGGGGUGGUUCCAGAUCGAAAUGUUGGGGAAGUCGACUUUGUGGGGAUGCAAUCUCAAGUGGAAUGUGUGAGGGAUCAUCUGCUGACGAGGACAGGAGUGGUGUGCAUUUUGGGGAUGGGCGGCCUAGGCAAGACAACUCUUGCUAGGAGAGUCUAUAAUGAUAGAAAUGUUAAGCGACACUUCGAUUGUCGUGUUUGGGUUUCUGUAUCUCAGGAGUAUAGAAUUGGAGAGCUUUUGAUGCGGAUCGCCAAUUCUGUUCUGACGCCCACUCCUCAACAGAGACGUAGAGUAAAGGAGACUGAGUUAGGGAACACCCUUCGGGAUACAUUGAAUGCAGACCCAGCUUCAAAGUCGCUGCAACUCCUUCACACUCUUGGUAGUAGUGGUCUUGUCAUCUUUUCUUCUUCUCUCUGA